AUGCUGUAUCGGACGCCAGGCAUAUGCGUUCGAUGCUCUAUCCGGGCUCAGAGAGCGCUCUUUGGCCUUGAGCCGCAUACGAUAUCUAUCGAAACACCCCGGUGGCAUAGUCGGAGGACGUACAGCAGCCAUGUCACCCAGUCGUCGCGCCCAUUCCGGGUCGCGGUCAUUGGUUCAGGACCAGCAGGGUUUUAUGCUACGUACAAGUUAAUGACAAAGAUAGAAAAUGCUUUUGUCGAUAUGUACGAACAGUUGCCUGUGCCAUUUGGUCUGGUGCGAUAUGGUGUUGCGCCGGACCAUCCAGAGGUCAAGAACUGUCAAGAAAAAUUUACCGAAGUGGCCGGUUCUUCACGGUUCAAUUUCAUUGGGAAUAUUGACCUAGGUACAACUCUUCCCCUCAAAGCCCUAAAGCCUCACUACGACGCUAUACUAUUUUCUUAUGGGGCUUCAAAGGAUAAACUACUGGGUCUGCCAGGCGAAAACUUUUGCGGCAUAUAUUCCGCUAGGGCCUUUGUUGGUUGGUACAAUGGGUUACCGGAAUACAGAGAACUGCACCCAGAGUUGGAUAGAGGCGAAGAAGCUGUUGUAAUCGGACAAGGAAAUGUUGCUAUGGACGUUGCAAGGGUAUUAUUAACCGAUGUAGAUGUACUACGGAAGACGGAUAUGGCGGAACAUGCGUUAGAGGGAUUGUCGAGAAGCAAGAUCAAACGAGUGCGGGUGGUUGGGAGAAGAGGCCCAAUGCAGGGUGCCUACACAAUCAAAGAAUUACGUGAACUCAUACAGUUGCCUUCUGUGUCCUUCGAACCGAUCCCUGAGAUUCUCUUCCCCCCGCCCCCGACCAUUAAGAGUUUACCCCGAGCGCAGAAGAGAAUAACGCAACUAUUAGCAAAAGGCUCGCCUACAAAUUCUUCAUCCACGAAUAAAUCAUGGUCUCUUGACUUCUUGCUCUCUCCGUACUCCUUUCAUGCCUCAGAUACCCAGCCCGACCAUCUUUCCUAUAUUAAAUUUACUCGUAACCAACUAGAUCCCUCGGAUCCUUUUUCUCCAACAGCUCGUGCGAUGCCUCGCCUCGGUGAUGAUGGCAAGGCAAUGCAGGCCGAUAUUCCAGCCAGUGUCUGUUUUCGGAGUAUCGGAUACAAAUCUCUACCACUUCAAGGCUUUGAUGACCUAAAUAUUCCUUUUGAUGUCUCUCGUGGAAUUAUCCCCAACGAUGGACAGGGUAGAGUCAUCAAUUCUUCCAGUGACCCUUCCUUAUCUCCAAAGGAUAUACCUACCCAUCUACCAGGGUUGUACUGCGCUGGGUGGGUAAAGCGUGGUCCUACAGGUGUAAUUGCCUCUACGAUGACAGACGCGUUUGAUACUGCUGAAGCCAUAGUGGCGGAUUGGACACAUCAUCUAGGAGCCUCCAGCGGCGCGCCAACGUUUUUGAAUUCGGGGGAAGGUGGAGCUACGGGCCUCGGCUGGGAUGGCGUGCGUGGCGAAGCGGAGAAGUUAGGACUUCGGCCAACGAGCUGGCAAGACUGGGAGGCGAUUGAUCGGGUCGAGAUGGAGAGAGGGCAGGCGAAAGGGAAGAUCCGAGAAAAAUUUGGCUGUGUCAAGGAGAUGCUGGAUGUGCUUUGA